AUGUCGAACUACUUCGGUAAAAUGAACAAGUCGCAGCUGGCCGAAUACGCUCGUCCACUCGGCAUCAGUACAACUCUCAAAAAACAAGAUCUUGUCGAACAAAUUGAAGCCGCAGUCGCUAGGGACCGUUCUGCUCUCGAGAAAGAUACCUUGUUCCAAGAUUACUUUGAGACCUUGACCGAUAGUCCUAGGUCGCUCGUUCGAGCCAUCACUCCGAGAUCUACCACUAGAAGGCGAAGUCGUUAUUCCAAGGCUCCUGAAGAUGAAGAAGACACUCGCGAACACUCCUCCGAACCACCAAGCGAUCUCGUUACCCCCGCAAAGAAACCAACAAAAGUAGGCGUCAGAAGUACUCGCAAAGCCACCAGCCUCCGCAGCGACACCACAGUAGUAGUCUCUCCACCCGUUGUCCCUCCAGUAGUACACGAAGCGCCCGAUAUCAUCCCAGAGCCAAACCAUCCACUAUCCCCAAGUCAAGUCGCUCAAUCCGUCGCAGUCGAGAGUUUCACCGUUGAUAAGAUUAGCGAAGGUAUCGCUUCUUGGUUCGCUAAUGCUGCCGAAACUACCGGAUUCUGGGAACAUGUCGAUUACACCCGUGAAACCCUGUCGGACCCAAGAGCUAUUCAUUUCCUCAUUGCUACCUAUGAAUUAGCUUGGUUGUGCCAUGAUUUGACUCCUUGGUCUAUAGUUACCGUCCCCGUCCCAGCCGCCAGAGUUCCAUAUAUGGACUAUAAUACCGGCCCAACCACUGUCAAAGUCCCAGAUCUAUUCAUUCUCCUCAGCUGGAACGCUUUCUGGUCCCCUAUCGUCUACUGGUUCACUCUCGGCAUCUCGUUCCCACUUCUUUCCAGCUACUUUGUCAACGUCCGCAAGCGCUCCACUUAUGAUCCCCUCACGUUCAGCAUCUCGAAGGCUUUGAUCGCGUACCUUGUCUACACAAAGCAGAUCCUCAAACCAGAAUUGCCAAGAUUGUUUGGUUCCGAUACCCCUGCAUUGAUCAAUGAGAUUAUUGGAGAUGAAACGCCUUUGAUCGGCGCAGCUAUCGGAGGGUUGUUAACACUCUGGGAGGCCAUCCUUUCGAGACGUUAG